AUGUCUAAAGACAUCGAAGCGCAGGUCGCGGCCUCAUACUACGACGACAAGAACACCGCCUCGGUCAAUGUCGAGGAUGCCAAGGAGGUCGCCGGUGAGACCGGCGAGCCGGGUCUCCACCGUGGCCUCAAGGACCGUCACAUUCAGAUGAUUGCCCUCGGCGGUGUCAUCGGUACGGCCCUUUUCCUCGGUACCGCGCCUGCUCUUGCGGACGGUGGACCUCUUGGCAUGUUCCUCGGUUUUGCCUUGAUGGGUACGGUUGUGUACUCGAUGAUGGCGUGCCUGGGUGAGAUGAUUGUCCACACUCCGAUUGCUGGUGGUCACAUCGCCCUUGCACAGCGAUACGUCGGCGACAGCAUGUCCUUCGCCAUGGGCUGGUUCUACUGGUACCUGUGGACUAUCCUCUACCCUGCCGAGCUUUCUGCCUGCGCCGUCCUCAUCGGUUUCUGGCUCCCGGACGUUAACGUCGCCGUCUGGAUUACUGUUUGCCUGUGUGUUUGCACUUUCCUCAACUCGUGGAGCGUCAAGGUCUACGGCGAGAGCGAGUUCUGGUUCGCCCUUACCAAGAUUAUCCUCAUUAUCGGCCUUAUCUUGGCGUCCGUCAUCGUCUCGGCUGGCGGCAACCCCAAGCAUGAGGUGAUCGGCUUCAAGUACUGGACCGGCGAGAACGGACCCUUCCGCCAGUACCUCGGUAUUGAGGGCAGUCUUGGCCAGUUCCUUGGUUUCUGGGCCACCCUCACCCGUGCUGCCUUUGGCUACUGUGGUCUCGAGAACGUCUCCAUCGCUGCUGGUGAGGCCGAGGACCCCAAGAACAACAUGGCCAAGGCGAUCAAGCGUGUCUGGAUCCGUAUCGUCAUCUUCUUCGUGUGCACCACCUUUGUCAUCACCCUCAUUAUGCCGUCGAGCGACCCCAACCUCCGUCUCGGCACUGGUACCGCUGCUUCGUCGCCGUUCGUCCUUGCUUUCUCGCGCGUCGGCAUCAAGGCUCUCCCCUCGGUCAUCAACGCUGGUGUUCUCUGCUCGGCCACCUCGGCCGCCAGCGCUCACAUGUACCUCUCGACCCGUGCUCUCUGGGCGCUCGCGCACAACGGCCGCGCCCCCGCCAUCUUCAAGCGCACCAACCGCUGGGGUACUCCUAUCUUCUGUGUCAUGGUCACCUUUGGCUUUGGCCUCCUUGGCUACACCGCUGCCGGCGACAAGACCGCGUGGCAGAUCUUUGACUACUUCUCGUCGAUGAUUGCCGUCGUCGGUCUCAUCUCGUGGUGCGGUAUCGCCUUUAUCUACAUUCGCUUCCACCGCGCCUGCAAGCUCCAGGGCUUCGACCGCGCUCGCCUCCACAAGUACAAGGCCCCCGACUGGAUGCAGCCCAUCCUCGGCUACUACACUCUCAUUUUCUGCGCCAUUGUCGUCCUCUUCAACUCGUGGAAGGUCUUCCUCAAGGGAAAGUGGGACACCCCCGUCUUUAUUGUCGGUUACCUGCCAAUCCCGCUCUUCUUCAUCGCGUACUUUGGCCACAAGGCCUUUAAGAAGGACAAGAUGAUCCCUCUCGAGCUCAUUGAUCUCGAGACCGACUCGAACGAGGACGACUUUGGCCCUCCCAAGCCCCCUCCCGCUACGCGCUGGGGCCGCAUCCUUCACGCCAUCAUCUAA